CGCAACAAUGGUAUCUGGUAUUUCUUAAAUGAUUUUAAAAUGUUUGUUUAUGUUUUAUUGUACUGAAGGGGCAAAGACACUCCGGUACUCCUACGUUUCCACUGAAAGCAGGAGCCCCCUUGGCAAAGAGGGCAAGGUUAGGAAAGACACCAAAAGCUGAAUCUUCAAAUUGCAUAAGCUGUUUAUUGCGAGCUUAGUAAUAACAACAAAAAUGCAUACAGGAAUGCAAUCAAAUGUUUUGUCGCAACCUGAAAUGGGGUUGCAAGGCUUUUUAUCACUUUCACAGAAAGUUGAAACACAUUCUUAUUGGUCUUCAAAGAUCAAUCAUGUUUUUGGUCUAAAAUUGAUUACGUCACAAGCAUCUUAAAUAGCAUACGUUUCCAUUGGUUUCUCUGUUCUAACAAACAAAAAGCAGCAUGUGAUUCUUUAGACAAUGGUACUUUCAUGUCACUGACCCUGAGCAUUGUAUCCGUGGGCUAGGCUUAUCGACUUCUGUUGCAAGCAUAAACUUAGGGAGUACUAGCUAAUCAGUUUUGUCCUCAUGUACUUUUAUCCUUGAAAAAUAAUUUCCUCUCUCCAGCAGCUCUUUUUCCAAACAUCAGCAUUUUCUCACAAACAUGGACCUCACAAGGGCCUUUUGCAAAUUAGGUCAAAUAGCAGUAAAUCAGGAUAUAUGGGAAUUACAGUCAUUGGAAGUAUCCCUGAAAAUUCCCUUUUAAAACUACGUCCCCCUCAGUACAGUUGGUUUUAUUGUUUACUAGCUUGGGGACCCGGUGAUGCCUGGGUUAUUAGAAGAAGGCAUUGUUUGUUUUUGGAUGUUAGGUAGAUUUUGGGAUGUUAGGUAAUGUUACUGAAGUUUGGUCCAGAUCCAUCGUUGGCUGGGUUCAUUGCUGUCUGGAGAAGGGUGAACUACAACUCCAAGAUUCCCAGGGCAAUCACCCCCAAGCUCUGCUGGUAUUCGCAGUUGGUCAUGUUGGGUCUGUGUGCAAAAUUUAGUCCAGGUCUGUCCUUGGCUGGGUUCAAGGCUCUCUGGAUAAGGGAGAACUACAACUCCCAGAUCCAAAGUCAAUCACCUCCAAACCAGGCCUCUAUGCACCAUUGGCCAUGUUGGGUCUGUGUGCCAAGUUUGUUCCAGAUCUAACGUCAGCUGGGUUCAAUGCUCUCUGGAUGCAGGUGAACUAUAAAUCCCAAAAUCGAGGUCCAUUCCCCAACCCCUGCAGUAUGUUCAGUUGGUCUUGGGACUUCUGUGUGCCAAGUUUGGUCCCAGUCCACUGUCUGUGGGGGUCACAGUAUCAGUGAAGGUACUGCAGGUCAGAUUAUCAGUUGCAAGUUUGGUCAGAUCCAUUGUUGGUUGGAUUAACAGUGCUCUCUGGAUGUAGGUUAAGUACAACUCUUGUAAAACAUUGUGAAUUCUCCCCAAACCUGUUGUUCAGAUGCUGAUCAAUUCCUCUGUUAACUGUGUUCCAUAGGAAAGGAUAAGAAAGGGUUAAUGGUUAAGGUAGAGGCAGUGGGCAGGGUCACGCAAAUUAAGGAACCCUGAGAUGUCCAUUCUGGAGGAAAAACAGAACAUCUAGGAUGAAAAUGUCCCCGCAUGAAAGCCUUAACUUGAGUGGGGGGCACAGUGGUGUUUGUGGAGGACACUAGCAGGGUUUAGGCUACAUGUUUAUGGCACUCACUAUAAUCUGCAUGUCAGUGGAGGGAGGACUACUGGUGCCUCCUGCUCAGUGGGAACAACAGCUGUUUGUGGAGACGGGAGGCUGUCUGUGUAAGUAGACACCUCCUCUACAUACACACAUACACAUUGUUCAUUUUUAUUAUGUAUAUAGAUAAUAUCAAGGAAUACUUCUAUGGAAGGGCCUGUUGCUUAGGGCAACAGCAGAAAGAUUCUAGAAUUAAAACCAUAGAUCUGUGUAGAACAGUUGGUGAUGUUGCUAAACAGCUAUUGCUUCUGAACCAUUACACUAGAGAUGCAUUGCCCUGUGUUCCUUUUCUUCCUCCUGAGGUACUCUUUCUGGUAUACAAUAGCUGCGCCCAUUCAUUUCUUGCCACCUCCACUGUUGGUCAUCUGCACAGAUCCACAACACCGAGUCUAUCAGAGGCAUGACACUGAACAUCAUCUCUCAUGUAUCUGGGACUGGAAAAUGGAGCUGAAGUAUUCAAGAAACAGAGGAUUAGAUAUCGAGAUUGGGAAGCCAGGCAUGCAAGUCCCUCCCCAUUGUAGCUGGUACCGGGAUUCCAACUUGAUAGAGAAUACAAAUCACUGGUCAGGUCAGGUAGUCAUGGAUAUGGGCCUAGAUGAAGGAGGCCUUCAUCCACCCCAGGCCUUUAGUCAUAUCACAGUGCAAUGCAAAUCAGCCUGGUGCCAUGCACCCACUUGUGCUUACAACAACCUGACCAUUGAAAUUUCUAGGCAAGAUGUCCAUCUUUUCCUCCUCUCACCACAGACUCUUCCCAUCCAGGAAUGGCAACCAGUGCAGCUAGGCUGGUGUGCACGCCUAAAAAAUGUCAUCUGGAACUACCGCUUCGAGAGCCCUGGGGGUAGUCCUGCAGACCAUCUCAUUCCUAGCAACCAGCACAAUGAGUCACUCACACCCACUCUUUAUCCCUAUGCAAAAUUGCACCAAGCAUGUGCGUCAUAUUAUAACUACCAUGUAACCGUGCGUUAUCCACACCGUGGAGUCUACACUGCUUCACUCCAUAUUGAGAAUGGGCCUCAACUCAGACGCAGUCUUAACGUGUAUGUACAGCCUGCUCUCCUCCAUGUAUUUAGUGCUUCCUCCACACUGCUCAGUCGCACUUACAUGACUGUCAACCUUUCUUGGACUCUCCAACCCCUUAGCCCCAGAAUAAUGGCAUAUUCAUUGAUAGAUGUGCAGGGACUGGACCAGUGGUCUCCUCGCUGCAAUUAUAACCCUUUUGCUCUACAAAGUGAUUUCUGUGCUGCUCCGAAAUCAUGGAAUUCUGGGGGGAAAGUGAUGGCCAGCAUCUAUUUUCGUAUUAGUGAGAAAAUAUCUGGACAGCUCAAGGGGGAAAUUAGAUUUUCCAAUAAGACUGUGAUGUUCAGAGAAAGCAAUGCAAACCCAACUUACCUCGUGCUCAACCCACAAAAAACUAAAGCAGGCACUUACAUUUUCAGUCAUGCUUUGGGACUAUACUAUUCUACCCAAGAAAGAAAGAAUACCAGUGCCACUGGUGGGAAUUCUAGCUUUCACUAUAUUUUUUAUCAACAACAGGGCCUCUCUUACCUACUCAUCAUCGAAUUUAUACAGCCACAGUGGUACCGGUUCAACAUACACUUAUACCUGAACCGAAGGGAGACUUUGUUCAAGGCUUUAGGAGAAAAGGAUACAGAAGUUCAGAUUUUCAAUGGACAUUCUACUGAUGAAAGUUUGGCCUAUGUUUUGUGGUUUAUUCCUAUACAACAUCCGCAGCUGCAGUGUGAAUGGGUCUUUGAUUUGCAGCUUUUUGAUUCUGGGAAGGAGCACCUCCUUUGGAAUAGCACUUACACAUAUGGAAAUCAUGUAAAAAAUGCCACUCUUCUUCUUUCUCACUCUGUUUCAUUCUUCAAACCUUCCCUGUAUGCAGGGUUUGUAGCAAAAGUGAACUGCAGAAAAAGUGGGCUUGUCCAUGCUGUUCUCAAAGCCUCGGUCAAUACUUACUCUUCAGAAAUGAGGGAGUUAAAUGUGGCCUGUCAAAAAAGUUACUGUCAUAACCUGAUAGCUACAAUCCAUAAACCAAAUUCAUUUCAGUCAGUCAUACAAUACAGGAGAAUGUCAGCAGUUAGCUUGCAAUCAACUGCAAAAGCAGAAUGCAGGACAAGUUCAGUUAUACAUAUACUCUGGAAGAUCUACAGCCUUAAAACUGCAUUGUCUAUUCCUGACUGGUCACAUCCUCUCAAGCUACCUAAUGAAAUAACUACAGAUAGUGUAAUAUUUCACAUGCCCAGGAAUGUUUUGUAUUAUGGCUUUUAUUAUGUUAAUGUGACCAUGACAGUUUUUCUACCUGCAUAUAAUAUAAACAUCACUGAGUCAGAUUCAAUAUUACUCCAAAUUCUAGAAAGUGAUUUAGUAGCAAACAUAAUUGGAGGAUCGUUCCGGACGGUUGGUGUUUCUGAUCAUUGGACUCUGGAUGGGUCCACCUCAUCUGAUCCUGAUUCACACAAUCCCCUGGAAGGAAUCACUUUUAACUGGUACUGCACAAAACGGGAAUUGGAUUAUUCAACAAUGAGGCUGAGUCCCGAUGAAAAAUGCCACCCAACUCAGGUUGAUUUAAACUGGACACCUUCCAUUGAUCCCGUUCAAAUAGUGGAGCCCAACACACUUCAGGAAAAUACAAAAUACUAUUUUACCUUAAUAAUUCUGAAGCAGAAUAGAUCAGCACGCACACUCCAGACAGUUCAUGUGCUUCAUGGUUCUGUACCAGUGUUGAACAUCACCUGUUUUGAAAAUUGUGAGAAAACCAUCAAAACAACAGAAAGUUUUGUUCUGUCUGCAAGAUGUCUAAAUUGUGAAAAAUCUCAAUCCGUUUACUUUUGGACCCUUCUUUCAGCAAAUUCCAAGGAAAUACAGUUUGACUGGGCAUCUAAAACUACAACUGGAAGGUCAAAUCCAUCCAUACAUAUAAAUCCAUUAGCAUUCAGAUAUAUGACUGACAAAUACUAUACUCUUAGUCUCAAAGUAAAUUCACAGGGAAAAUCCACAGCUGUUUACACAUAUUCAUUCUAUGUAAAUGCUCCGCCCCAGACUGGAAAGUGCAACAUUUAUCCAAAGAAAGGCACAGCCUUCCUUACAAAGUUUGUUAUUCAGUGUACUGGCUUUGAAGACAAAGAUGGACCUCUUACAUAUAAAGUGAUAGCACAUUCUGAUUUAACAAAAAUGACUAACAUAUCUUCUCUACAGAAUAAUAAAUUUGGAACAAUAUUGUACACUGGUUAUCACCACAAAACUCCUCCAUCAUUCCUGCCAAGUGGCACGCCAUCUAAAAAAUAUGCAUUGGAAAUAUGUGUCCAAGUAUAUGAUGCCUAUGGCGUAUUUUCUCAAGUAACUCUUCAGGCAAUUGUGCAUGAUCCAAGAAGAAGUAAGCCAGCUGAUAUUAUUCUGAGCGAACUGUAUAAUUUAACUAGUGGGAUAAAUUCUUAUCUUGAAAUGAAAGAUUACUUUAAUAUCGGUUUUCUUAUAUAUGUAGCAUCCUCCGUAUUAAAUGACAUUGAAGCUUCACCCCUUACAUAUGACUCAAAAAAUGAUUUACGGGAAAUCCUCCUUAAUGCAUCUUCCAGGAUUCCGAUGAAUGAAGUAGGGAAGAUAAACCAAAUUGUCUCAAUUAUUUGUCAAAUAACACAGAAUGUUAAUAAAAUUAGCAGGAGAUUACAACUACUUGCAGUCAGAAAACUAAAAGAAGCCAGUGAAGCUCUAAAAGGACACAGGGACAAAGACCUAGGGUCCAAGGAAGCAGAAAUAAUUAGCAAUGGUAUAUUUACUGGAUUGUCUAAUGUAGUGAGAGCAUCUCUCUUGAACCAUAGGAACACCAAUAUAAAUGCAGUUAAAGAAGCAAUUCAGGUGACAGAAAUAGUAGCAGACCUAGUCUUACAAGGAAAAGUUCCCGGGGAACGUAAAACUAGCAUAGAAGCCAAAGACUGGUCUAUUCACUUAUGGAAAAAUGAAAAGUGGGAACUCUCUAAAAUUAUAUCUCAGAGACUACAUUGUAGAAAUUGUUUGUAUCUUAAACUGAAGCAGGAGAAAUACACGGAACUACCAGCAGAUGCUGUAAUUUCCACUCUUCAUUAUGUAUUUAAGGAGAAUCCCUUCUCUUGGUUGCCAAAUUCAGGAGAUAUUCACACAGUAGUGACUGGAUUCAAAAUGUUAGCAGUCACAGCCAAUGGAGACAUUAUAGGGAUCAACCCUGAGGUAACAGAGUUCAUUAUGGAUAAAAACGAUAAGAAAUCUGCCGCUUUUAAUUUGACGAUAGGACCUGAUAAAAAACUCUACAAAACAACUGGCGGCUUCAAUAUUGAAAUAAAGAAAGGUUCCAAACAUGUUUUCAUCCAGAUCCUAUGUGACAUUGAUGUGACAUUCACUGUAUCUAUCUACCUGGGACUCAAUGUCAGCCACCCUCCAAUAGCAUCUUACAUUGCCUUCCCGGAUAAAGAUCCAAUACCACAUCAAAUGGAUUCUGCCACCACUGACUGUGCAGUUAAGGCACCAUAUAUGCUUUGUCUUCCUCAGUCACUGCUUAGCAGUUUAUCUGGCAAUAGAAGAAGGAAGUGGAACAUCUCAGUUGUAGUACAAUCAGAACUAAUUGUGAGACAUCAAACCACCAAAGUUGUUCGCAUUGCUGUUUUUACAGCAGACUGUCUAGUUUUGAAUGGCAUUCAGAACCAGUGGGAAGAAGGAACAUGUCGUCUUGGCUCUCACACCAGUUGGUCCAAGAUCCAUUGUAUCUGUGAAGCAAAAAAGCAUAAUACAACGAUUACUACAACAACCAGUCGUCAAUUAUUGAUUGACUCUGAUCCUCACAUCAGAUUUUUGGCUGGCAAAUUUGCAUUAUACCCCAAUCCUUUGGAUAUUAACAAGAUCAUAUUAGCAGAAUUUGACGCAAACCCAGUUCCAUUGUUUACGGUAUUUUCCAUUUUUGCAGGCUACAUCUUUUUUACCACCUGGGCUACCAUCAAAGAUAAAGCUGAUCUGAAAAGGAAAAACAAAAUACUGGUCUUGCCAGACAAUGACCCCUACCACAAAGUGCGCUAUUUAAUCACCAUAUAUACAGGAAGUCGGUUAGGAUCAGGAACUACAGCAGAUGUUUUUGUUGAACUGACAGGUGAGAAUGGCGUUAGCGAUAUACAUUGCAUAAAGCACCCCCAGUUUCCAACUCUUUUUCGUGCAUCUGUUGACACCUUUCUUCUAACUACUAAAUAUGAAUUAGGGGAUAUUUUGUCCCUUCAUAUCUGGCACAAUAAUGGCGGUUCAUCCCCUAACUGGUAUUUAAGCCGAGUCAAAGUGUACAAUGUGCAAACUAAAAAAUCUUGGCUGUUUAUAUGUAGAAACUGGUUAGGUCUUGGCAAGGCUGAUGGUAAAAUAGAAAGAUUGUUUCCUGCUAAACAUGCACACUCAAGCUUAAAUAAAAUGGAUUACUUCUUUAUAUCCCUUGCCAAAGAUUUGGAAGAGACCCACGUAUGGCUCUCAGUAUUUUCUCAGGUUGUUACUGGUAGUUUCACCAGGGUGCAAAGAGUAUCCUGUUGCUUGGUAAUCAUGCUCAUUAAUCUUUUAUUCAAUAUCAUGUUCUUCAGUGCUGUAGAGGAAAAAGAACUUACUUCUAGAAGACAGCGGUAUAUGAAAUCUCUCUAUAUCGGAUUUGUGAGUGCUUUAUUUUCCAUCCCUAUACAAUUGACUAUAACAUGGUUGUUUAAGUACUCACAAGAGAAACCUUCUGUAAGUACCAAGGGUGAGAGUGGCCUAAAACAAAUUCUCCCCUCUUUGUCUGAAACCUCCCCGAAUGAUAACACUUCAUCAAGUCCUGAAAUGUUAAGCAUGAAAAAGCAUCAUGUAAACUUUUCAAAUAUCAAUGCUAGUAAUAAUGAUGCGAAAGAUAAGGAUGCGGAAACAAAUGAGGCAGAACAUAGAACAGUGCAUGCGGAGUUCUUAUUCUUUUUUCAAACACCAAAAUUUCCAUGGUGGUGGAGAUAUGUCUCUUGGGUAUUGAUCUUUAUAAUAUCUGUGGUCUCUUCAUUUUUCAUUAUAUUAUAUGGUUUGACCUAUGGCUAUACAACUACAAUGGAAUGGUUUAUAGCAUCAAUGACAUCUUUUUUUGAGAGUGUAUUUUUGUUGCAAACUCUAAAGAUGUGUCUUAUCUCAGCCGUGAGUACUAUUACUCUUAAAUUCUGUGAAAGUAUCCCCUGGAAAAGCACAGAACAGUACCUUCAGAUGAAGCUGGUCCAAGUUAAUAUGGACGAGAAAGAGAUGAAAAAGCUUCAUCAUGAGCUUCACAGACUCAGACACAGCAAGAAAUAUGAACCAUUAACAGAGGAUGAAUUGAUUGUCUUGCAGAAAAAAGUAAAAGCUCAACAUCUAGCUUUUGUUUUUAUAAAGGAUAUAAUCUGCCACCUUCUUUUCUCAUCCUGCAUUUUAUCUGUUGCUUAUUCCACAGAACCCACCACUAGCUUUUAUUACAAUAAAGCUAUAUAUGAAAAAUUUUCUCCUGGCCUGUCAAAAGUAAAUAAGCUGGAACAUAUUUACAUAUGGAUGAGCAAUGUCUUUGUGCCACUGAUACACAAUGACUACCAACCAACUUAUCUUUCAGAAUCUUGGUCCAAAAUACUCGGUUUACCCAGAAUGAGGCAAAUAAGGGCACAGAAUACUGAAAAAACAUGUUUUCCUCCACACAGCUUUGUAAAUAAAUAUGAGAUUAGUAAGAGCCACUGCCGCCAAAAUUAUUAUACCCAUCCAGAAGAUCAGCGUAACUACCUUGGAUCAUGGCUCAUCCCAGCCACUGGGUCUGCUUCAAAUCACAUCAGCAAUUUUCAAGGAUUUACAUAUGAAUCUGACAUUGAACAGUGGGAAUAUAAGUCAUAUGGUGUUUUAAAUGCAUAUGGACCUGGAGGGUAUUCUUUUUAUUUCUUUCCACGAGAACAGCAGCCCAAUACAACAUUGAGACUGGUUGAUUUGCAAAGAAACAGCUGGCUUGAUGAGCGGACCUGGGCAGUGAUUUUUGAAUUAACAACAUUUAAUCCGGAUGUAGAUCUAUAUUGUAGCAUCACUAUCAUAUUUGAGACUAGCAAUCUGGGUAUUGUUAAUGCAAGUUUGUCUGUUCAUUCUUAUAACCUCUCUGUUUUUUACUAUCAAAGCAACGCUCAGUUGUUUAUAUAUGGACUUAUGGCAUAUAUUCUUGUUUUUUACCUUGCUGAUGAAUUUCACAUGUUGCGUCAACAAAGAAUAGGUUAUCUCCAAACAGCAACUAACUUAAAUAAUUUUGCAAUAAAAACCAUCUGCUUGUUUUUUAUAUUGAUAAUUGCACUAAAAUUUAAGUUGGCCCGUGAUUUGUUAGAGCUUCUUGUAAGUAACCCGGAAGAAUUUAUUCCCUUUCAUGUAGUUUCUCAAGUUGAUCAGCUCUAUAGGAUGGUUACCGGUGUUUUGGCCUUUCUUCUGAUUUUAAAACCAUACCGCUAUUUCAGAUUUUUAUACAAAAUGCGGUUGGCAGAAAAAGCUAUGUCAGUUGCCUUUCCUGAGUUGGUUUAUAUGACAAUGUUCACAGCUCUACUGCUUUCUGCAUAUAUGUUAUUUGGUUAUCUCAUAUUUGGUGAAAAAGAGUGGAAUUAUAAUUCUUUGAUUCAUUCUCUCCAGACUGUAGUUUCAUACUGCUUUUUUGGACAAAGAACAACUGGCGUUACAUCUGACAGAUGGUUGGGACUAUUUUUCAGAGCUUCAUUUACAUUUGUAAUAAUAUUUAUAUGUCUCAAUUUAUGGAGAGCCCUAAUAAUCAUUAAUUAUAUGACAAUGAAACACCCUGUCUAUGAACAACAUUCGGAUGAAGCUGAAGCAAUAAAUUUUGUGGUUUUGAAGAUUCGCCGUAUGUGGCUUUCCAUCACCAAGCCGGGAUCAUCUAUAAGUGACAGUGAUGUUACCAACACUUUUAUUUUUGGAAAGCCUAUAGCCAAGGGUGAUAAACAGCGAGGGCUAAAAACCACACGGGUAGAUGGCAAGAAAAUGGUUUAUCUUUCUGUUUGAGAAAGGUAGUGAUAAACACUAAAUAAAUGUGAUU